AAACAAAAAACGGUUCGACAGCAUUUAUUGGAGGCUCAGUACUAUGGCGAAAUAAGUUUGGGUACUCCUCCACAAAAAUUCAAUGUCAUAUUUGAUACUGGGUCAUCUAAUUUAUGGGUGCCCUCGAAACAGUGUCCAUGGACCGAUUUACCUUGCCGUAUGUUUUUCCAUAAUAAAUAUGAUUCAAAAAAAUCAACUACAUACAAACCAAAUGGACAAAAAAUAGAAAUUAAAUACGGUACGGGAUCAAUGAAAGGUUUCGAAUCAUUAGACGUCAUAUGCAUCGAUCAAAUCUGCGCCAAAGAUCAGGAAUUUGCGGAAGCAACAGCAGAACCAGGUAUAACUUUUCUGAUGGCAAAGUUCGAUGGAAUACUUGGUAUGGCGUUUCCUGGAAUUUCUCGAAAAAAAAAUUUACAAUUUAGAAGCAUAUGGGAUGUUAUGUUUAUUGGGAUUUAUAGGGAUCCAAAUGCCGAAUUUGGCGGUGAAAUAUCAAUUGGUGGUAUAAAUCCUGACCGAUAUGUUGAACCCCUUUCGUCGCCUGUGCCAGUAACAAGCAAAAGAUAUUGGCAAUUCCAAAUGGACGGUAUCUUAGGUGGGGGAGAACCAAUCGCAAUUGCUGAUACGGGUACAUCAUUGAUAGCCGGACCUAAGGAACAGAUAGAAAAAAUCCAAGAUUACAUUGGUGCAGAACCAUUAUUUAAAGGAGAAUACACGAUUCAGUGCGACAAAAUUCCAACUCUACCAAAUGUCACUCUUGUUGUUAACCAAAAGAGUUAUAUUUUAACUGGCGAAGAAUAUGUAAGUCAAAUGGGUAAAACUAUUUGUCUUUCUGGCUUUAUGGGUGUUGAUCUACCUGGUGUUGAAUUAUGGAUACUUGGUGAUGUAUUCAUUGGACGUUACUAUACUGUAUUUGAUGUCGAGAAGGCCCAACUUUUUUUCGCUCAAGCAAAGAAUAGCUAUGGUAAAUAA